AUGUCCGACACCGGCAGGCAAUCUUUCACCGACAAGGCUGGGUCCGCCCUCAAGCCCGACUCCCAGAAGUCCACCACCGAGCAGUUCGGUGACUCCGUGAAGGGCACUGGUGACUCCCUUGCCUCGAGCGCCCAGCCCCAGGGUGAGAAGUCGACCUCGCAGAAGGCUGGCGACACCUUCUCCGGCAACUCUAACGAGAACGACCAAUCCAUGCUUGACAAGACCAAGAACGCUCUCGGCAUGGGCGAGAAAUAG